AACUUGUUAUCAACCAAGAUUCAGUUUGUCAAAACAACCGCAUUCUAUUUCAUUCUGAAAAUGUGGCAGCAAGUUGCACUCGUUCUCAGCAUCCUAGUGACGCUGUCCCCGGCAGCCACCACCCCCUGGACGUACAACUGUGCGCCCCCCUUUAAACCGGGCAGCUGCCUGCUGAAAGCAGUCAAAAUCCAGGACAAGGAUGUCAUCCACCCGGCAGCAACCCCGUCCUCCGAUCUGGAGGUCCGUUUCGAAGGCUCCCAGCUGGACUAUCUUCCGGAAGCUUUGUUCGGGAAAUUCCCAAAGCUGGAAACGCUCGGGGCUAGCAGAGUUGGAUUGAAGAAAUUGUUGGAGGGAAAUUUCGCGAAACCUGCCACUUUGAAGCGCGUGGACAUUUCGAGCAACUAUGUGGGAGCCCUGCCGGACAGUGUGUUUGGGACGUGUGCUAAUUUGGAGGUCAUAAACGUGGCUGAGAAUAGACUGCAGUUGUUCAACGGGGUUGAGUUGAUCGGGUGCGGAAAGCUGCGCAGCUUGAAUGUGUCUUCCAAUCGGUUGAUUUAUUUUAACUGGGAUCCGCUGGUAGAUUUGCGUCAGCUGGAGGAGGUUGAUUUGAGUGAUAACUUGGUUGGUGAGAUGGUGGUGCCUAAAUAUGUGAAGAAGAUCGUUGCCAGGAAUAACCACAUCCAUAAGCUGGGAACCGAUCGGGAAUCGUUUAUCUUUAUGCUGGAGCAGCUGGACGUGUCACGGAACCGGCUUGGCAACGUUGAUACGCUGGCACGGUUCGCCAAGAUGACUCACAUUGACCUGUCGUACAAUAGGUUGUUGAGUUUGGAUUUCGGUUUGUUUCGACACAUGAGGGGGCUUCGUGAACUUAACCUGGCUAAUAAUAACAUUUUUGCUGUGACGACCUCUGAAUUGAAACCAUUAACUCUGGAGUUGGUGGAUCUUUCCAACAACGAGUUGACCCGGUUAUCAGCGGUUGAUAGUGCUGGAAUAUCUUCGGUGGAACGGCUUCUUCUGAACAACAAUUACUUAGUGAGCCUCGAGGUUACAAAGGGAGCCACCAACUUUCCAAGGAUUCGCUCGGUAACAUUGGAUGGGAAUGACUGGGCAUGUCGGGAUAUUGAGUCUACGAUUGCGGAGUUGAAGACCAAGAAGGUUGCAGUCCCGUCAAGCGAAGCCAAGUGUAGUCCCAAUCAGAUUAUUCGAGAAGGACUAUGUUGUCGCGAUUUGGGAUCUUCGUUUGAAGAACUGGUCCUACUUAAAGCUGAAAAGUUAGCCGAAAUUCAGCAAAGUUCUGCAACGUCUUCAACUUCUACCAUCAAAUCCGUUACCCAAAAGGCAGCCACGGUUGCAACCCCCCAAUCAACAACAACCAACCGUCCCACCAAUCCCGACUUGGGCCAAAAAACCAACGCCCUAAAGCAAGCCGAAGCCCAAAUCGCCACCCUAACCAGCGAGAAGGCCACCCUCCAGGCGUCCCUCGCGAAAGCACAGAACGACAUAAAAGCUCUCGGCGAGAAGUUGGCCCGCUGUAAAUCCACCGUAAACCAGCGCACCGGCCAAACCGUCCUCAUCGACUGAACCGAGACCCCUGAAAGUAUGCUGCUGUAAUUAUUGUCUCAGAAAACCGGUUCCCGUGAUGGCAGCGCGACAGCAUAAUUCUCACUUUCUCCUGCUCGGGGUUGCAUAAUGAUGCUGUCAUUACGGAACGGAGGGGAGCGCGACGACGAUGGCGAUGACGACGACCAGGAGCAAUAAAAUAAUCAAAAUAGGCAAUAAAAUUUUAUUUUCAUUGGCUGA